ACUUAUAUUUCGAAGUUUUAAACAGAUCGUGUCGCUUCAAGUCGUACCCAAAGCCUCCGCGUCCACACCUACUGGAUCCUAUCUCGUCCUGUACGGCUCCUAUGAAUUGUGGAAGGAUCUGAGAAGGAAGAGGCGGCGUACCCCAACAUCAGCCAUACCUCUUCAGUCCAAAAGCGAUUCCUGGAGGGUCGAGCCAUGGACCAGAAUCCGGAGACCCCGUGUGUAUGCAAGACGGAUGAAUCCCUCACGACGUCAUGCAACCCCAUACGUCAACUGCUCAACUUCGUCGGCAUCUCCUACGAAGGCAACCAGCUUUUCGCAGGCAUCGCCCGCAAAUACCACAUGCCUAUUGAUCACAUAAACUUUGUCGCAUCACAAUUACUGGCUGGGAUCCUUGCCAUUAUAUUUGGGGUGUACAUAAGGCCAAGACCGGAUAAUUACGAAAAACGUCUGUGGUACUUGUUAGUGUUUGGUUUUUUCAUAGCAGUAGUCACAUUUGGCCCGCAAACAUUUCAUUUAAUUCUAUUACCUUCAAUAUGUUACAUCCCUAUGAAAUUCAUGAAAUCAAAAUUGAUGCCUUGUUAUGUUUUAACAAUAGCUAUGUUCUAUCUUUCUCUGGUACACAUCCAUCGGUUGUGGUACGGAGCUGUAUCAUUGGACAUAACAGGCCCAAUGAUGGUAAUGACACAGAAAAUAACUUCUCUAGCUUAUUGUAUACAAGACGGCAGCCUUCAAUCACAGGAUUCGUUGACUAACACGCAGAAAUACUAUGCUAUUAAGGAAGUGCCGGUCUUGCUUGAAUACUUCAGCUAUAUAUUUCAGUUCCAAACCUUAAUGGCAGGACCUUUCAUACUAUUUAAAGACUUUAAGGAAUUUAUAACCGGAAGAAACUUCAAGAAAUAUGAAUAUGUCAUGUUAAAAGACUUGAAGGAUCCCGGUUUGUACUGUGAGCCUUCCCCUUUCAUACCAGCAAUGCAAAAAUUAAUUGUUAGUGUUAUUUGUGCAUUAGUAUUUAUACUUGUCACAUGCCCAAUUGAAAGGCUAAAAGACGAGGAUUUUCUGGCAAAAGGCAUUCCAUACCAGAUGUGCUAUAUAAUCUUGGCCACCUCACUAGUUCGAUUUAAGUAUUAUCAUGCUUGGAUCCUUGCCGAUGCGAUAUGCAACCUAUCAGGUCUUGGUUUCAACGGAUACGAUCCGAUAACUAAGAAAGCAAAGUGGGAUUUAACUAGUAAUGUAGAUAUUUAUAAUUUUGAGUUGGGAACAAAUAUUCGAGAGUCGAUUGACAGUUGGAACAAAGGAACGAACCUGUGGCUCAAACUUAUAGUAUAUUCACGGGUUAAAAAAUAUAAUGUUCUGCUAACUUAUUUAUUGUCGGCUCUUUGGCAUGGGUUCUAUCCCGGCUAUUAUAUGACUUUCUUGAGCGGAGCAUUGUUCACAGUUGCUGCGAGAGUUGUGAGAGGAAGUCUCAGGCCUUAUUUCCAAACUUCACAAAGCAAGAUAAUGUUUUACAACGUGCUGACCAUAUUUGUUACAAGGAUCAUCAUGGGCUACCUUACUUUCAGUUUUGUACUACUUGAGUUCUGGGCGAGCCUGCUUGUCUUCUGGCAUAUGUACUUCUUCCUUCAUAUAUUGGCUGUGCUGUCGAUCGUAUUUCUCCCCAGAUUAUUAGGUCCGACUGAAGCGCCAUUACGUAACAGACUGACAAAAUUAGUUGCUAAUAGUAAUGGUGUUAACAGCCUACAUGGAUAGUACACUUAAAAACAGCUUCAGAACAGCUUGUCGCUGUUUUAACUUUCACCGACUCUUUUAGACUUGUCUCUUUGUCGUAUUUAACAUUGAGAAUUAAGACAUGCAUUUAAUUUACUUGUUGGAAAAAUCAAGUAUAAAAUUGUUCAAGCAAAGUGGAGCUCAAAGGCUUUUUUGUACAUUGAAUUCUUUUUAGAGUUAGUUAUUCGACGUUAGGAAAGGAUUUUAUUAAUUCUGCACAACUGUGUAACUUUUUGGCAUAAAUGUUACAGAAGCACAUUGAGAUAGCACAACGUCUUUUGAUGUUAAAAUGAUAAAAUUCUGUUGUGCGUAGGCUUUUAGCUUCAAAAGGUGCUUCCAGUUAAAAAAGGAAAGACGUUUGAUAGAUUUUGAAAGUGAUAAGGGUUUUUUCCUUGUACUCACUAAACUGUCUAGCUUAUAAUUGUUUAAGUAACACAAAAUAACACAUUUUUAUUUUAGUACUUUCUUUUAAGCAAAAUGUAGGCUGUUAAGUUAAUUUCUUGUUUCUAGUAGUUAAAAGUCUUCCAUUGUGUUUUCCACGCAUAAUAGGUGUAAUUAAGUAAAUUGAAUUGCUGAAAAAUACAAAUUAGCUGCAAGAAAUUGGAAUGAGACUAAAAUUACAUUGAUGUAGCAGUUAUGAUUAAAAAAAAAAAAAAAAAAUUGGCUGUGCUCUCAUUUCAAGGUAGAAUCGUGCUGCAUUACAUUCUGAGCUAACUGUAAAUACAUUUGUCUAUUCUUGUAUAUUCGUUUAUUUUGAAGGAUAAGCAUUUUUAGUCCUGUUAUUAAUAUUUGUGCAUGAAGCAAGUUUUCGAUUAAAUGUAAUCCUGGGAAUGGUUUACAGAGAAUAUAUUAAACAGCAUUAUUUUAAAUUAUUGAUUAUUUAAUGAUUAAGAGGCGAUGGAAUUCAAUUUACAUAUACUACGAGCUAGAAUUUGAUCCAGUCUCUGUGAUCAAUUUUAAAAAGUUCAGUAAUAAAACGAUAAUUGAAGAACCUUUGAGCAGGCUUUAAUAAGGUGUCCGGGUAGAUUUAUUCGACUAAUGUACAUUUAAAUAGCAAUUAGAGUUUUAAAAUAUAAGGAGAAUUUUCACAUAAUUUUAUAAUAUUCAAUGCUAGUCAGUGCCUAGGAAGAUUUACUUACUCAUUCAUUAACAGCCCUGCUUUUUCUGUAGACCCAAUUGGUUGUGAUGGCUGUAAAUAGUCCUAACAAAUUUGUAUUGUAAUGCAACGAAAUUUAAAAAAAAAAAAA